AAUAUUUUUGUAUUGUAUUUUUUUGUGUGGGUCCAAACCGGUUUGCUUGGUCUCAGAACAUGGUUUAGAUCAUCACCGCUUUGGCCUAUUUCGAUACUUUUGAAGACUGAUUCAUUGGGAUUCAACUCCUUUCAAUUUCGUUUCUUUGAACAAAAACUCAAUCUGGGUCGUGUUUUUUUUUUUUUUUUCCUGAGUUAAUUUUUUUCGCAACAUGAGCAAAAACUGGAAAUUCAGCUUCAGGGAUCCUGGGGGAGUUCUGUUCCUUCUAGCGUUGUGUUUGUUGUUUCAGAAUUUUGGUUCGUGCUGCUCUUUGAAUGAAGAAGGUAAAGUUCUUUUGAAGUUCAAGCAUAGAAUAGUAAAAGACCCUUUUGGUGCUUUGUUGAGUUGGGUCGACGAUGAAGUAGCAGUUAGCCCCUGUAAUUGGUUUGGAGUUGAGUGCUCUGAUGGAAGAGUGGUGGUCUUGAAUUUGAAAGACCUUAGUCUCAAAGGAGAUCUGGUACCCGAGCUUGCGAACCUUGUUCACAUAAAGUCCUUAAUUUUGCGGAACAAUUCUUUUUAUGGAGUCAUUCCUGAAGGAAUUGCACACUUGAAUGAAUUGGAGGUUUUGGAUUUGAGCUACAACAAUUUCAGUGGACCGCUGUCUACAGAUCUUGGGAAUAAUGUUUCACUAACAAUUCUUUUGCUGGACAACAACGAUCAAGUAGAUGAAAACCAACUAAGCAGUGCAAAUAAAGAGCCAGCUUGUACAAGAUCUGUCACACGGCAUGUUGGCCAAAAUAGAAAAGGUCCUCGGAGGCUACUGCAAUCUCCUACUCGUGAUAGUCCUUAUAAUCGCGCCACUAUUUUUCCUGAUAGUCCUGCUCCAUCUCCUUCAGCUCCCUCACCUGACUCAGCAAUGCCACCAGCGGUUCAGACGCCAGCUUCCCCUGACCGAAAUAAUUCUGCUUCUCCUUCUCCUCUGCCGGAACCAGAAGGCUCAUUACCAAAAUCUAAAAGUAACAAAUCAAAUAAUCAUUCAGUUGUCAUUUUGGCUGGAGUUAUAGGUGGUGCUGUAUUUCUUUUCAUUUCAAUCAUUGUCCUAUAUCUCUGCAAAACAAACAAGGUAGCUACCGUAAAACCUUGGGCCACAGGAUUAAGCGGACAGCUUCAGAAGGCAUUUGUAACAGGUGUGCCGAAGCUAAAGAGAUCAGAGCUUGAAGCAGCAUGUGAAGAUUUUAGUAACGUAAUCGGCACUUCAUCCAUUGGUACAGUGUAUAAAGGGACUUUAUCUAGUGGUGUUGAAAUAGCUGUGGCAUCUGUUGCAGUGAAAUCAUCCAAAGAUUGGUCAAAGACAUCAGAAUCCGAAUUUAGGAAAAAGAUAGAUACAUUAUCAAAAGUGAACCACAAGAAUUAUGUAAAUCUUCUUGGACAUUGUGAAGAAGAUGAGCCUUUCACCAGAAUGAUGGUUUUUGAAUAUGCUCCAAAUGGAACACUCUUUGAGCAUUUACACAUAAAAGAAGCUGAGCACUUGGAUUGGGUAACAAGACUUAGAGCUGCCAUGGGCAUGGCUUACUGCCUACAACAUCUGCACCAGAUGGACCCGCCUUUGACCCUAAGCAACCUGAACUCGUCGUCCGUCCAACUCACCGAUGAUUACGCCGCCAAAAUCGCAGAUCUUAGUUUCUCAAAUGAAAUAGCUUCAGCUGUGAUAAAAUCUACUGCUGGAAAACAUACCGACACAACACUAGCAUGUAAUGUUUACAGCUUCGGUGUUAUUCUAUUAGAAAUGGUAACUGGAAGACUCCCUUAUUCAGUGAACAAUGAUGGCUCACUUGAUGACUGGGCUUCACGCUAUUUACAAGGGGACCAACCCCUCAGAGAAAUGGUGGAUCCAACUCUAGCAUCAUUCCAAGAACAACAGGUGGAGCAAGUUGCUGCUUUGAUUAAAUCUUGUGUCCAUCCUGAUCAAAAGCAAAGACCAACAAUGAAGGAAGUUUGUGUGAGAUUAAGAGAGAUAACAAAAAUAACACCUGAAGCAGCUACUCCAAAACUUUCUCCACUUUGGUGGGCAGAGCUUGAGAUUUCUUCUGUAGAUGCAAGCUGAAAUCGGUAAAUCAGGUUGUUAAGUAUGGGGUUCUUACCAUCCUCAUCCUUUUUCAAUCGGUGAAGCCGCUAAAGUGUAUUCACCUGUAGAUUAAUACAUCUUGUGUUUAUUACAGAAAAGUGCCAAAUUACAUGUACAUAAGGGAGAUAAAAAGAAAAAUGUGUUUUUUAUUUUUUUUAUUUUCUUGGGUGUUUCGUUUGGUUAUUGUUUAUAAAAUUACACUAACAAAAAAGUUUCACAUGAGUUAUUUUCA